AUGGCUUUACAGCUGUUUCCUACAACCGUGAAUUGGAAUCCACUUCAAUCAAGAACACCAGAUUUCUCAGCUCAGGACGCCAAUGGGAAUGAGGAAGACAAAAAAGGCCCAGCCAGCAGACUCGGCAUCAAAAGUCGACAAAGAACGUCACUUGUUCCCCGCGCAUUGGAUGUAGCUGCUGGACAGUUACCCCCUCAGAAAUUGGACCUUGCUUUACCAAGAGUGGGUUUACCGUCUCCUGGCGAGUCAGGAACUUAUGAAUAUGAAGAAGUUCCGUCUUUCUCCUUUGAUGCGCCAUUUGCUAGGCGAACCGCUGAUAAGGAUCGUACCUCACGCCGGCGUAGAGGCAGCGAUGGUGGUAUCGGAAUUCGCCCUUCCACAUCGAGCCUCCAGACAGAAGUGACCAGUGAAGAUGUAGCCGAAUUACCAGCAAUGCCCAGUCGAUCAUCUCGACGUCGUGGUCACAGCAUAUCUGCAUAUACCGCUUCAUAUGAUAAACCAGAUUGUGGACCUGUCUGCACCACCGUCACAUUUCAACGUCGGCGCAUGGCUUCCGAGCCACCGCCCAAGACCCAAUCUAAGCAGUUAACUCUUCCAGCAAUUGACCCGAACAGAGUACAGCCCGUCAAUCGGAAGGACGAAAUCAACCCAUUCUUGAGUGAUAAGACAUUGACCGCAAGGAGCAGAAGGGAAUCAAUUGUCAAUAGAGAUUACAGCAAGAAUGUGUGGAAGCCGGCUGGCUCUACAACGCGAUAUACACUCGAUUUUGUGCAGAAUCGUGCCAAAGCACGGUCUUUUGCAUUGCGUGCACGGCGAGCACUAACUCGACGAUUUGUCCGCUCAAAGGUUUCAUCAAUUGCUGAAGAUGAAUCUAAUCCAGUUACCACCGAAUUAGAGGAGCUUGGUAUUUUCUUGAUCGAGGAAGAGGAUGAUUCUACCAGCACACCUGCAUCCCGUCGGCACUCCGCGCGUAGGGCGUUACAGCAGUUUCUCAAUGAAGAAGAGGGCGACAUUGACGCUGAUCUGGAAGCGAUAAAUCAUAAAAAGGCACGCGUCUCACAUGUAGAAGAGGAGCCACGACCGGAAAGUGCUCAGCAGGCAACUCAAAAGGAGGAUCAUCUAGGGCUAGCGGGAGAAGAAGCGGUGCCAAUUACACAACAGCAUACUGAGGAGAAGGAAACCCGCAGUGCCGCGUUGUCCAGAGUAUCGUCGGCACCUUCUUUGCCGAUAAUUCCAAGCACUCCCAGUGAAUCCUUCCCGCCAACCAGCCCUCUGCUUCCGGAUACAUCGGAUCAUAUAUUCCCGGUCCGACCUUCCCGUCGUGAUCGGGAGUCUUCUCGGUUCCGAGGGGUGGAAGUUACGCCUUUGUUGAUGUACGACCCGAUAAUGCGGUUCGUUAGUCCUCAUGCAGUGGAAAUGAAGGCAGGGUUUCGACCAUCUGAUGACACAGACGAAGGUAUUCUGAUAUCUGAACAAGAGAAGGCAUGUGUGCAGAUACCGCCGACGCGUGAUCGAGACUUGGAGUUUCCAAUGAGCACUGAGGAUGACCGCAUGAAUGCGAAUCGUCAGACCCACGUUAUGAAAACUAUCUUUCUCAAUGACUUCCUUGUACUGUAUGCGAGUUCAACCCUGGCUCAAGAUGCCGAUCUGUCACACCUCGUCCGUGAUGUUGAUGUCCUUCCGACAGCCCGCCCGACCUCUCCUACCGCGGCGGUAGAUGAAGCUGAUAUACCAAUAAUGUGCUGGAACUUUUAUUCGUAUCUUCGAGGUCCUGUGACUGCAGGGGAAUAUCAACUGAAAUCAGGAGUCUUGCUGCCUGAUGACGUGUUGGAGAAUAUCCUUGGGGUUAUGAGAAAUGCGAGGUUGUCGGAAGAGAAUCGUGUGGCCGAAUUCCGCUCCUCUUUCAAAGAAUUGUCGCGUAAACAAUAUCUUUUCGUGAAGGCUGUCGUUGGACAUUUGAAUCGCAUAAGCGGAAUUAGCCCCUCAUACAAUAUCAUCCAUGGCCUGGCGUCAGCAUUUGGUCCCGUUCUUCUGCCUGUCCCUCUCGUAGAGUCUCGACCAUGUACCCCAGGCCCAGGCACGCAUCUAACGGAUUCCCGUCCCAUACCUGGCUUCCGCAGGAAUGAUGAUGGCACCCCUUUCAUAUAUCCCGCUCUAUUGCCUCCCCCUAAGCUGAUCCGGCUGGAGGUGGAUGUUAUCUCAAGCGCAACGCCCAACAGUAUUGCAAGGACUGUGUUCAUGGAAAACUGUGCACCAUUAACGGAGCGUUGCGGGGUAUUAGCGCUGAUGCUGGAGCACUACGAUGCUUUAUUUAGUGCUUCAUUGGCUUGAAAAUUGGGAAGGUAGCAAGGACAUUUAACCCCAUUGGGGUACUUCUGCAACCGAAAAACACCUACUGCACGUUUGUCUUUGUACAGAUAGAUAGCUAAUAGAAGUCACGAACAGCGAAUUCAAAGCAAGGUACUCGCACUUAUUGGUCAUAGAAUCUAAAUAGAUAGUAUCUGAGACCAGAAUUGCGCGCUGCGAGCAUGUGCAGUAACUCCUCCAUAAUCGCGUAUGAAGUACCG